AUCCGUCAGCUGGAGCACUCUGAGUCAGCAGUAGAAUGUCUGAAAAGCCGCCAGGAAGCCCACCUCCUUAUGAGUCUGAAGAUGAAUACAAUGCAGUACCCCAACCUGCAUACUCCUAUUACCCUGAUGAUGAGUUCCAGCAUUUUUACCGGUGGUCAUCUCCACCAGGAGUCAUGAAGAUCAUGACAGUUCUUGCCAUCAUCCUUUGUGUGGGAAUUUUUGCAUGUGUGGCCUCCACCUUAGCCUGGGACACUACUGGAGGUGUGGCUGGUUUUUCUGGCAGCUAUGGAUCUUAUGGAAACUAUGGACCUUAUGGAAACAGUGGUACCUCCUUUGGUGGAGGUUUUGGGUCGGGACCAUAUUCUGGCUUUGGCUACGGAGUUCUGGGCUCACAGAAUGACCCCAGGCAAGCAAAGGGCUUCAUGAUCUUCAUGGCGAUCUUCGUCUUUGCUGCUCUCCUGGUCAUAUUCAUCUUAAUGAUCUCCCACCAGAGAUGGGCACAUAGCAGGAAGUUCUACCUGGCUGUCAUAAUCUCCUCAGCCAUCUUGGCUUUGUUCAUGUUUGUUGCCACCAUAGUCUACUUGGUUGCGGUUAACCCAAUGGCACAGACCUCAGGUUCGGUGUUAUAUAAUCAGAUAUGGGCCCUGUGUUCCCAGUACCAAGACCCCCAGGCUGCAAGUAUAAUGAUGAACCAGUACCUGUAUCACUACUGUGUGGUAGAUCCUCAGGAGGCGGUUGCCAUAGUUUUUGGGUUUUUGGUCACAUUUUGCCUUGUCAUCGUUAUGGUCUUUGCCAUCAAGACUCGGCAGAAAAUUAACAGAUUUGGCAAGGACAAUAUAGUGUGGCGUCGAGAGAAACUUGUAGAAGAUCCGAACUCUCCCCAAGAUGUGGAGGAUUGGGUUAAUAAUGUGUCUGCUGUCCCAGAGUUCAGUGAGUAUCCCGAGAAGUUUGGGGGCUCACAGAAUUAUGUGGAUGACCACAGCACAAGCUAUGAUAAACCACCUGACAGCAACAGUCUUGUGGGUGACCAUCAUGAGAUACCCCUGCAGAGUUCAGCUCCCUAUUACAGCAGCUCUGAAGCCACCAGUUCGGUAAGCCAGCCCAAGAAAAAACAUGCCAAACACCCCCGCCGGGCUGAUGCCUACCACAAGGAUGACGCAGACUAUGCGUCCUCCGGAGAUGAGCUGGACGACGAAGAUUUCACCAGUGACUUCCCACCCAUUGCCCAUGUGGAGGAGAGAGAGAGUUAUAAGCGUGAUUUUGACAUGGAUCACCAGGAGUACAAAAGCCUACAGGCAGAGCUGGAUGAAAUUAAUAAGAGGCUGGCUGAGGUAGACCAGGAACUUGAUGAACUCCAGGAAGGCACUCCACAGUUCCUGGAUGCCAUGGAUGAGUACAAUGCACUGAGGGACAAAAAGAAGAGUGGUGAUUAUCAGGGCAAGAAGAAGCGAUGCAAGUAUCUGAAGGCAAAGCUCAACCACAUCAAGAGGAUGGUGAGCGACUAUGACAACAGCGCUUGACAGGCAUGAGAGAGUCUCGGAAAGCAGACCAUUCUCCCAGAAUGGUCCAGAGCAAACACACACAGAAGCUUUGUGUCUCAUCUAAGCGUAAACUUUUACUGUUUGUUACUGGACAAUGGUAAA